AAAGCAAAUAGAACGAAAGUAAUAGACUCGGUAGAAAAAUCGAACGAUCGACGGGCAACGCAUACGAACGCAAUCCCGGUUUGUUUACGGCGAAGUGGCAGAAGGGAACGAGAGACGAACGCGAGGUGACGUCUUUUCAAACUUCUCCACUUCUCCAACUCUGGCCUUCCAAAGCUCAAUCUCCAUUCUCUGGUGACCAAAAAUCAGGCAGGAUGAGAUUAUUUGUCGCAAUAUGCAUCCUCAUGGUGGGUGGGAGUGCCACAGCGAUGUACUCUCCCUCUAGUGGCGUUGUGGACCUUACUCCAUCCAACUUCCAGCGAGAGGUUCUGAACAGUGAUGCUGUGUGGAUCAUCGAGUUCUAUGCCCCAUGGUGCGGUCACUGUCAGCGAUUGGUACCCGAGUACACAAAAGCAGCUCAAGCCCUGAGUGGAGUUGUUAAAGUUGGUGCUGUUAAUGCUGAUGAACACAGGAGUUUAGGAGGUCAGUAUGGGGUUCAGGGAUUCCCAACUAUUAAAGUCUUUGGCCUAGAUAAGAAGAAACCAGAAGAUUUCAAUGGACAAAGAACAGCACAAGGUAUUGUUGAUGCUGCAAUGAGGGCUGCUAGAGAAAAGGUAAAUGCACAACUAUCAGGAAAGAAGAGUGGUGGCAGCAGCGGUGGUGGUGGCAGCAGUGGAAGCCCAGAUGACGUUAUUGAGCUUACAGAUUCAAACUUUGAAAAGAUGGUACUUAAAUCAGAUGAUUUCUGGCUGGUAGAAUUCUUUGCCCCUUGGUGUGGACAUUGCAAGAACCUUGCACCUCACUGGCAGAAGGCUGCCACAGAGCUGAAGGGCAAGAUUAAAAUGGGAGCCUUAGAUGCCACUGUUCACACUGUCAUGGCGAGUCGUUAUGGUGUACAGGGUUAUCCGACUAUCAAGUUCUUCCACAAGGGAGAGGUUGGAGAUUAUGAUGGUGGGCGCACUGCUUCAGACAUCGUUGCCUGGGCUGAUGACAAAGCUGCUGCAAAUUUGCCACCACCAGAAAUUGUACAGAUCACAGACAAUGCCAUCCUGACAUCAGCUUGUAAAGAGCAUCCCAUCUGUAUCAUUACAGUUCUCCCACACAUUCUUGACUGCCAGAGCAAGUGCCGCAACAAUUACAUUGAGAUUCUGAGCAGACUUGGUGACAAAUACAAGCAGAAGAUGUGGGGAUGGGUUUGGAGUGAAGCAAUGGCCCAACCUGAACUUGAACAAGCUCUGGAUAUUGGUGGAUUUGGAUACCCUGCUCUUGCUGCUCUCAAUGCAAAGAAGAUGCAGUUUGCCCUCCUGAAGGGGUCUUUUAGUGAGAGCGGCAUUAACGAGUUCUUGCGAGACAUUUCGUAUGGAAGAGGACGCACAGCACCUGUGCGAGGAGCUGAAUUGCCAGCCAUACAGGAAGUAGAGGCUUGGGAUGGUCAGGAUGGUGUUUUGCCAGAGGAGGAAGACAUUGAUUUAUCUGAUGUUGAUCUAGAUGAUCUUGAUGGUGAAGCUCAUGAGGAGCUGUAAGACUAUCUUUAUUUUACUUUGCUGUGAAAAGUAAAGACUUAACAUUGAAAGUAAAAGGAAGCAAAGGAAAAGUUGUAAUUUCUCCUAAUUUCUCAUGUUGAGAAUGGAAUGCUGUGACACAUGAGCUAUUCUUCAUUUUGGACAAAGUCAGGCCUUUUAAAAGUGCUUCUUAGGCUCUGCUAACAUUUGCCCCAUAGAGAAUGGAUAAGCCUUACAAGUUCAAAUGUAGGCUUGAACAUCCCAAUUUUACGAAACUUAUAUUUCACAUUGAUAUUAUCAUAAUUUUUAUUGUACUGUGUACACCAUCUUCAUUGUAUCAUUGGGAAGUUCAAGCUGCUGAAUUUAGUAUUUUUUAUCAUGUAAUUUGACAUAGGAAAUUACAAUUUGUUCAGGUUUCUUUUUGCUGUAUAAAAGCUUCCUGGGUUGGGCAUGUUACUAGUCGUUAAAUCUGAAAAGUAAAUUUUCAACUGUGCUGAAAUGUUAAAAGAAACUUGAAAAUAACACAUUUUGUAGAA